GAGAGUUACUGAUAAGAAAUAUCGCGAGAAUUUCACAUUGCUUCUUAUCGUCUCUCUCUCGCUCGACACUUCUCCAACCUUUGUACAGUUGUAUUGUGUCUCUCCCCGAGGUUAAGGUCUUGCUUUCCCAUUCUACCACACACACACACACACCACAGUGCUUCUUCACCUCUCUCUCUCUCUGCAUUGUCUUCUCUUCUCUGUAACACAACCUAAGCUUCUUCUUGUAACUUGGAUUCACUCCAACGGUCACUUUUGGAGGUAAACAUGCUGCUACCUUUCAUUUGCCUCCUUUUUCUUCUCUGCUGCAACUCUCUUGCACCUCUUGUGACUUCUCUCAAUGCUGAAGGCUAUGUCCUUUUAACAUUCAAGCACUCCAUCACUGACCCACAAGGCUCUAUGAGUAACUGGAACUCUUCUGAUGACAACCCAUGUUCAUGGAAUGGGAUUACAUGCAAGGACCAAACAGUUAUGUCAAUUAGUAUCCCAAAUAGGAAACUCUAUGGUUCUCUUCCUUCUACUCUAGGAUCUCUUCCUCAGCUCCGACAUGUCAACUUCAGGAACAACAAGCUCUUUGGAAACUUGCCUCUGCAGCUCUUUCAAGCUCAGGGACUACAAAGUCUAGUGCUUUAUGGCAAUUCCUUUUCUGGGUCUGUUCCAAAUGAGAUUCACAAGCUCAGGUACCUUCAAACUCUAGAUUUGUCUCAAAAUUUCCUUAAUGGGUCAUUGCCUGCUGAAAUUGUGCAGUGUAAGAGACUCAAAACCCUUGUUCUCAGUAGAAACAAUUUCACUGGGACUCUGCCAGAUGGAUUUGGUGCUAAUUUGGUUUCUCUUGAAAAACUAGACCUUUCUUUCAAUCAAUUUAAUGGUUCAAUUCCUAGUGAUAUGGGAAAUCUGUCAAGACUUCAAGGAACUGUUGAUUUGUCUCAUAAUCAUUUUAGUGGUUCAAUUCCAGCUAGCCUUGGCAAUCUACCUGAGAAGGUUUACAUUGAUCUUACUUACAAUAGUUUAACUGGUCCAGUGCCCCAAAGUGGUGCUUUGAUGAAUAGAGGACCAACUGCUUUUAUUGGUAAUCCUGGUCUAUGUGGACCUCCUUUGAAGAAUCCAUGUGGUUCUGAUACUGCUGCUGCUAGUUCACCUUCCUCAUUUCCAUUUCUUCCUCAUGACAAUCCACCUCAGGAUGCUGGUAAUGGUUCUAGGAUAAGUGAGAAAAAUAAAGGGCUAAGUAAGGGUGCUGUGGCUGGCAUUGUUGUGGGUGAUUUGAUUGGAAUUUGCCUUUUAGGUUUGCUGUUCUCCUACUUUUACUCAAGGGUUUGUGGUUGUAACCAGAAUCAGGAAGAGAGUGGUGUUAAAAGGGAAAGGAAAAGAAGGAAAGAGUGCUUGUGCUUCACAAUGGAUGAAUCUGAGGUGGCCCUAUCUGAUCAUGUUGAGCAAGAUGAUCUUGUCCCAUUAGAUAACCAAGUGGACUUUGAUUUGGAUGAGCUUCUUAAGGCUUCAGCUUUUGUUUUGGGUAAGAGUGGAAUAGGGAUUAUGUACAGGGUGGUGCUUGAAGAUGGGGUUGCUUUGGCUGUGAGAAGAUUAGGGGAAGGAGGUUCUCAAAGGUUCAAAGAGUUUCAAACAGAAGUAGAAGCUAUAGGGAAGUUAAGGCAUCCAAAUAUUGUAACUUUAAGAGCCUAUUACUGGUCUGUUGAUGAAAAGCUUCUCAUAUAUGACUAUAUACCUAAUGGAAGCCUUGCUACAGCAAUUCAUGGGAAGGCUGGACUUGUUGCAUUUAUCCUAAUAUCUUGGUCCUACCGAUUGAAAAUCAUGAAAGGAACUGCAAAAGGGUUGGCCUAUCUGCAUGAAUUCAGUCCUAAGAAGUAUGUCCAUGGAGAUCUCAAGCCAAGUAACAUACUUCUUGGACAUAACAUGACAGCCCACAUUUCCGAUUUUGGACUCGGGCGCCUUGCGGAUAUCGCUGGAGGUUCCCCAACCUUGCAAUCCAACCGAGUCGCCACAGAGAAGCUACACGAAAGACAAAACAGCUUGUCCACCGAAGUCGCAACUAACAUGUUGGGAAACGGUUAUCAGGCACCAGAAGCACUGAAAAUGGUGAAGCCAUCACAGAAGUGGGAUGUUUAUUCAUACGGUGUGAUUCUGUUAGAAAUGAUCACGGGACGAUUACCAGUUGUCCAAGUGGGUAUCUCAGAAAUGGACCUUGUGCAGUGGAUUCAGUUCUGCAUUGAGGAUAAGAAGCCACUCUCAGACGUAUUAGACCCGUACUUGGCUGAAGAAGAAGCAGAUAAGGAGGAAGAGGUAAUUGCAGUUUUGAAGAUUGCUAUGGCUUGUGUCAAUAGCAGCCCUGAAAAGAGACCUUCAAUGAGGCACGUGCUUGAUGCUCUUGAUAGAUUGUCCAUUUCCUCUGAUUGAGAAAUUACAUGGAGUUGUGAAUUAUGAUUCCAGCUCAUUUGUGAAACUUGUUCACUGAUUUUUUAUCAGCUUAAAGAAUUUUCCUGGCGUUGAUUCCAAAAUGUAUGAACAUGUCACAAGUUUUUGCUGAUUAAUUAGACUUCUUAUGCAAUUAUUAUAAAGUGGACGAGGGACACUAGUAUUAUUUAAGAAGUCGUUGGAGUUGGGAUGCACAAACCAUGUGGAGCAAAAAUUACUGUGUGUCGUUUGUAAUGGGCUGCUAGUAACUGAUCUCAUUAUUAUUCUGACUUUGAAAGAGACAACAUUUCUCCC